AUGGGAGACGUUCGCGUGGGCUUCCCCCAACUGGUGAGCCCAUCUGCGGUGGUUUCUGAGGCGUCUAAAAGGCACACUCCCCUCACUCACCUCGAACCAACCCCCUUUCCCCCCAGGUCCAAGGAGCGGUGUCAGAGCAACAGCAGCAGCGUGGGGGGCCAUCUGCGGGCGUCUAAAAGGCAUUCCCCCUCUCUCUCAGAACGCGUCCCUCGCAGGUUCAAAGAGCGGUGCCAGGGCAAGACCACUACCAACAGCAGCAUGGAGCCCCUGUGGGAACCCCUUGUGGGGCCUGGCGGGGGCAAGGCGGAGAAGCUGGUUGAUACGGUGGAGGGGAAGCGCAUGCUGAUGACCAACGACCUCGAUAUUGACGCGGAUGGGAAGAAUGGCGUGGUUUAUUUCACCGAUGGGAGCACCCGGUGGCAAAGAAAGGAUUUCUUCCUGGCAACGCUGGAAGGGCAGCCGGACGGGCGGUUCAUGCAGUACGACAUUGCAACGGGCCAGACAAAAGUGCUGGUGAAGGGAGUGGCAUUCGCCAAUGGCGUUGCUCUCUCCCGCGACCGCACGUUUGUUGUCUUCUGCGAAACCAGCUACAUGCGGUGUCAUCGGUACUUUAUCCGAGGGCCGAAGACGGGCAAGGCGGAACAGUUUGUGAACCUGCCCGGAUAUCCUGACAACGUGAGCCUCAACCCCAGGGGGAGGUUCUGGAUUGCAAUCAACUCGAGACGAACUCCCAUGUCUGCGGUCCUAGCAAGGAGCCCCUAUGCCCGAUCCAUGCUUCUCAACGACCCGGUGGGGCUGCAGGCUGCCUAUGUGGCCGCAGUGGGGCUGUCGAGCGGGAUUACAGUGGAGGUUGAUAAUAACGGGGUGAUCACCGACGUGCUGGAGGAUAAGCUGGGGCGGACCGUGGCGGCUGUGAGUGAGGUGGUGGAGAGGAAGGGGAAGCUGUGGAUCGGGUCUGUUAUGGUCGAUGACGUGGCAGUGUUGAAAUACUCCCCUCCCAACACUACCGUUUCGAACAAAAGUACCGUAAGAGGAGGUAUGUUAUGA